CCACUCUGUUGUUCCCCCUCCCAUCCCUCUGACUACACCUCACCCACCAACAGAGCAGAAAGCGUGAAAAAUCUCACUAAUGGGUUUAUUUGCUGUCAGAUCUGCGCCGAUCUGUCAUUCCCUUGGAGCGUUCUACUUGACACAUUUCAUAGUUGAGUAAGCCCUCCCAGUGCUCCGGUGCCCCCGCAACGUCGUGCCGGCUGAGGGCUCAUCAAGAGGGGAGCGACAUUGGCAGCAGUCAUUCUGACGCUCUCUUGUACGGGGAGUCCCUGAAGCUGCAUUCCUCCACUCUUCUACCCCCCCCCCCCCUCUCCCCCCUGUGGGAUUCUGCGUUUGUGAGCAUCCUCAGUUUCUGUCUAACUGAGUCCUCCAACUUCAAGAUCCAGGCUGUUUCUGCAGGGGUUCUGCUGCCUGAGUUUGAAGCCAGCGUGAAGAUGUGGUGUGGGGCUGGGCCUCUGGCCGUGGUGGCUGCAGUGCUUUGGACUCAAUGUGUCCUCCUGGACGGGGUGGAUGCCAAGAAAGAGAGAAAGAAGCUAAAGGAGGCCCCGCCGCAACAAACAGAGACGUACAAUGCUACGUUUUCCAACAGUGAAGAGGUCGGUGGAAGCGCCAAGGUUCCUGACAACCAGCGAGUGGAUCCGUUGGGAUCAUGGAUGGACUUUGUCAAAAGACCGGUCGGCAACUUCCCCCCAAAGUGUCGCAAAAGAAAACGACCCCUGCCGGGCCCACCUGGUCCCCCGGGUCCUCCUGGCCCCCAGGGACCUCCUGGCUCUCCUGGAGCUGAAGUGACCCCGGAAGUUCUUCUCCAGGACUUCAAAGAUAUGAUUAAAGAGGCUACAGAGAGGAGAGCUGCAGCAUUGGACAGACAAACCAGUCCCAGCCAGCAACCCACGGCCCUCCUCACCCUGGAGGGGAUGACCUCCUACCGGCGAAUAGAGGAGGCUUUCCACUGCAAGCUCAGGGGACCCGUGGUGGUCGACAAGAAGACUCUGGUGGAGCUCCAGAACUUUCAGACACCACCAGCUAAAGGAGCCUUCCUCCGAGGGUCGGGAAUGGACCAGUCCACGGGGAGAUUCACAGCUCCCAUCACCGGGAUCUACCAGUUCUCUGCCAAUGUCCACAUUGACCACAAUGAGGUGAAGAGGAGCAAGAGUCAGCUGAAGGCCAGGGACAAUGUCCGGGUGCUGAUCUGCAUUGAAUCCCUCUGCCAUAGAUACACCUCCCUGGAGAUGAUUGUUGGAUUAGAAAGUAACAGCAAGAUAUUCACUGUCAGCGUGCAGGGGCUGCUGGAGCUACAGGCCGGCCAGUACACCUCCAUAUUUGUGGAUAAUGCAGCAGGCGCUUCCAUCACAAUACAGAACGGAUCCGAUUUCAUGGGCAUGCUGCUUGGUGUAUAGACUCGCCCACGAACAGGGCACCAUCCGAGCCCUCUGCUGCAUCUUCUUUCUUUCUUUUUUCUCAAUGGACCGCUUUUGAGCUCCGUCACACACCACCAAACCACAGGGGAGGUUUAAAAGAAAGGAAAUAAGGCUGACAUGGACUUUACCGCUCGUCAUGCAGGGACAGCGUGAAGAACUUAAGGACGAGUUUGUUUUUGAUCAGUGCAUCACUGCAACACUUACCGGAGGAACGUGGUGGCCCGUUUUGCUUCACCAACCAAAAAUAACCGUAAACAAAGCGGUAAAUAUGUCUGUUACAGUAUAUCUUUUUGAGUUUGUUGAAGACCUUUACAGUGAAACAAAUAUCAUUUUUUCUAUUAUGUUCUCCUAAUGGACAUUGGAAGAUGCUAUGAGACAAGAAAAAGUCCAUUUGUGUGUUUGAUCUAUACUGACAGUUAAAGUUGUCUAAAUGAUCUAUUAUGUACACGCUCAUUGACUACAGUUGCAUUUUCAUCAUGGACGGAACAUUUAUAUAUGGUGUAUGGUACAUAGACUGUGAGUACACUGGACAAUGGAAGCCGGCUCAAUAGAGAGAAUAUAGCAUCACAAGAUCUUGUCCCACUUAUAUAAUUACAUUUUUGCAGUGCAUUUUUUGGGCUAUGCUUUUGGGAGGUCAGACAUUGUGCUGCUGGCAUGGCUGAAGACUAUAAAUGGCAAAUUCACAUUACAACAAAAAAAACAAGGGUCUCGCGCUCGGCGUUGGUUGGUUAGAGCCAAACUUAAGAAGCAUUCAACGCUUGGGUGUGCUGGGAGAGAUUUUCCCCAUUUCCUUCAUGCAAGCCUUUUGAGAUAAUAUAACGCCUACAUAUACAUACAUCGUUUGGGAGAAAAUCCGACAGCGGCCAAGAAACCAGACAAAAUUAAUUUGUUCUUUCAGCUCAAGCAGGAAAGCACACAACUUUCUGCGAAGCGCAGACAUCCUCGUGGAUCCAUCACAGCACAACACAAUAAGGGAGGAGGCGCCUGCCAAAGUUGUUUUUUCUGCAAAAAUGUGAAUGCGCUUUUAGUCUUGUUUAAAUUUGUCAUACAAAUUGAGAUCCACCUUUUAACUAAGAGAGCUGUAAGAGAGAGGUCUUUUUUGUCAUCAUUUAUCAUAUGUUUAUUCUUUAUUGUAUUGUAUUAUUUUCUUAAAUAGAUGCUUGUAAUUUAUAAUAACUACUACACCAGUAACAUUGGAACGCUAUUGAUAUUUUAUAUGGUAUUUAUGUUUGAGGAAAUGUAUGAAUCACUUGUUGAUUGAAACACUCGUGGACUCUUGUCAAACCCACAGAUUACUGCAAGGAUAAAAUGUAUUUUUUUGCAAGUUUUUUUAUUACCCAUACCAUGCUGUAAUUUGAAAUUAAACUCUUUUUUAAGGUUGCCA